CACACUCACACACACACACACUCACAAACACAAACACACGCAUACACGCACACACACACAAACACACACACACACACACACACACACACACACACACGCAUAGAGUCAGUCACCAACUCCCUCUCAGGCGCGGGCCAGCAGCUCAGACAGGCACCUUGUUACUGUCCAGCUGGAAAGAGCUGAGCAUUGCGAGGUGCAAACACACACACUCACCAUCCUUACACACUCACACAGACAAACAAAUACUCACACGCGCACACACACACACACACACACACACACACACACACACACACACACACACACACACACACACUCACGCAUCCUCAUACAUCCCAGGACUUUUAUCUGUGGACCGGGAAAGAAGAAGGAGGAAGACAAUCUGAGAGACAAGAGCUGGAUUAAAGAAGAUCUUUUUAAAGGUGGAAUCUUUUAAUUACAACACUUUAUGAAAGAACUGGACAGACAGGCAGACACGACUGAAGAUGACAACUGGAGAAACAAGCUUGUUGCUCUAGGGUGGCCUGCUCUCAGCCCAGAGUGGAGACUGGUCAUUGGUGACAUCCAGUGGAUCUGUGAGUGCAAUUUUCCCUCCCUUCUCUUUAGGACUCCCACCCUCUUGUCAUCCCUCCACUGGGACAUCUCCUGAUCAUCAGCAUGCCUACAGCUUGCACAAGGUGCACCUUGGGAGUCUGACCCACCAUGUGCAGAUGGACGCCGUCCGUAGCCCAUCUCUGUCCUGAACCUGCCCUUGGCACCACCACUACUACUGCUGCAGCCUCCACCAGGCUGUUUCUCCAUCUGCCUAGCACAGCCUCCCUUUGCCUGGCAUGCUUCACUCUGCUCCUGGUCACCGCUGGCACUGCCACAGGGGCCUGUCCUCCUGGGGUAGGGCAUGAACCACUUCAGGUGCUUGCAAGUGGCAUCAACUGCUCAUGGACAUUGGAAAGACACACUCGCAGUUACAAUCACCUAGAGGGCGAUGUCCGACUUCGGCGGCUUUACUCUGCCAACAAGUUCUUCCUGUGCAUUGACAAAACGGGCAAGGUGGACGGCACUCGGCGGAAAAACUACGCAGACAGCCUGAUGGAAAUCCGAUCUGUCAGUGUGGGAGUUGUUGCCAUCAAAUCUGUCAGCACCGGGCUGUACUUAGCUAUGUCCAAGAAAGGCUCGCUCUUUGGAUCGGUGAAGUACAACCCAAGCUGCAAGUUCAAGGAGCGCAUUGAGGAGAAUGGCUACAACACGUAUGCCUCACUCCGGUGGAAGCACGGCGGCAGGCAGAUGUUUGUUUCGCUUAAUGGACGUGGGAAGCCACGGCGAGGUCACAAGGCUCGACGUAGACACCCAUCCACUCAUUUCCUGCCUAUGCUUCCAUCCUAGCCACCCAAGUCUGAACUCUGAGCGGCGACUGGCUGGCUCACCUGCCUCCUCACACUAGUCUUGAUCUAGCCGUGACCGUGAUCUUUAUUUUUUCAUCCUCCUGUCACAUUAAUGUACAUUUGUUGAGGUCUGUAACAUUUGUAGAGUUAGACAUGUACUUUUAAGUUAUUUUCUCCAUUUUCUAAACAGUCCUAUACCCUAGAAUUACAAUAUCUUCGGGAAUCUGUCUGUACAGUAUACGUCUGUGUGUCUGAAGUGCAUGUAAAGUGGUGUUUGGGUGACUUUGAGAGACUGUAAGAGGACUGAAAAGGGACAGCAAUGCUUGGAAACUGGUUUGUUAUAUACACUUUUUCAGAUGUUUAUCUAAAUGAGAAGGAAAUUGUUUGGCACAGCAAAAAUUAUACAAUUUAUCAAUCUGAAAUGGUAAGUAUCAUUAUUGAAAGAAAUAGUACAUUGGUAAAUAGCUAUUUAGCAGCUAUUAAUGCACACAGUAGCAAAAACUUACAUACAUCCCCUUUAAUAUUGCAAAUUUAUCCUAAACACAAUGUGAAUGUAUCAUACCACGCUCAACACAUUUCUCAUCGUAAGCAUAUAUAUUAAAAGUUACAUGUGCACCACCGUUUCACAAAUGGUAAAACUCAAAGUAGAACAUGUUUUAUCAUUAGUAAAAAAAAAAUUCAUCAUAACCUCAGUUUUUCUAAAAUCCUGGCUGUGGCCCUUCUGUAAAACUAACACCAUCACUGUUGCUUGGGAUAUUUCUUUACUGAUGGUACCGAAUAAGAUGAGAUGAAAAGCUCUACUGAGUCACAGAUACAUUGAUAAAUGUACUGUUCUGUCUGUAUAUGUCUGUAUAUCAACAUAUGUGACAAGAACAGAACAGAAACUAAGCUAAUUACUGGGAUAACAUGCUGGAUUCCUGAGAUGACCUUUGUAUGUUUGCGCUUCUGUCAUAAUGUUCCUCUUCCGCCCGUCUUUCAUCCAGCAGCCCAAAGCUAAUAGGGUAGCAAUCAGUAUAAGUGAGUCAUUUAAUGCAUUAUAAUGGCAGUAGGUACACCAGAAAUCACCGCAGAAAAAUCAUUAACUUUGUACACAGUAGUAAAUGGUUAUUACACCCUCUCUGUCAAUUCUUGUUAACAUUUUCUCAACAACAAACCUGUUGCUAAUAGAGCAUUUAAUAUAUUUAAAACAUUUUGUACGCUUUAACUGUUUGAGGUUGUCGUUUAUUGUUAUUGUUUACUUGUUGCGUCGGAUUGUAGUCCUACUGUUAAAAAAGGAAAGGGAAAAGUAAUUGUAUUUGUCCAUACUCAACUCAUUUUGUAUGGUAUUUCUGCUGGAUAUUGGUGCAUUUGUGAUAAAUUUAACUGUUUUUCGUUUGUAGGCCUGUAAUAGCAGGAUGUACAUGAGGCCAAAUCCUCAGAACAAACCUGUUUUAAGAUUCAUUUCAGCUAAGUUAAAUCAUUUGAGUGCCUUGGUCCAUGCUGAGUGUGGUUAACUUCAAUAAAAAAUGUGGA